CACAGUUCCUCUGAGAACAAACAUAACAUUUCACGACUGAAUAUGAAGAAAGCGAAGGAGGACAACAGGAGAGGCACGGCAAUCUCAUGUGCUUUUUUUUCCCGCUGCGUCACAAGAGCUCCGCUGAAGCCCCUGCUCCCGCAGUCAUGUUGACCGAGCCGCGCGCUCUGAGGCUCGGCGUGCUGUGCGCGCUCCAGUGCGCGCUCCUGUGCGUGUCGGUGGAUGCGCUUUUGGAUCUGGAACUGGUGCAUCCGGAAUCCGCGGUGCUGAAGCCGCGGGUGAUGAUCGCGGUGUUGGCUCGGAACUCUGCACACAGCCUGCCGCACUUCCUGGGCUGCAUCGACCGCCUGGAGUACCCAAAAGACCGCGUGGCCAUAUGGGCAGCAACAGAUCAUAACAUAGACAACACCACGGCUAUUCUAAAAGAGUGGAUGAAAUCGGCUUUAAGAAGAUAUCACUAUGUGGAAUGGAGACCGAUGGAGGAGCCUCGCUCUUAUACAGAUGAGUGGGGGCCCAAGCACUGGCCACUGUCCCGGUUUAACCACGUGCUUAAGCUCAGACAGGCUGCUCUGGAGGCAGCACGCCACCGAUGGGCCGACUACAUACUGUUUGUGGACAGUGAUAAUCUCCUGACCAACCCGCUGGUCUUGGACCUCCUGAUUGCGGAGAAUCGGACUCUGGUGGCGCCCAUGUUAGAAUCACGGUCUCUCUACUCCAACUUCUGGUGUGGCAUCACUUCUCAGGGCUACUAUAAGCGCACCCCAGAUUAUCAGCCUAUCCGUGAGUGGAGGCGUCAGGGCUGCUUCCCUGUUCCCAUGAUUCACACCACCUUCCUGCUGGAUUUGAGACGCAGCGCCUCUCGCGAUCUGGCUUUCUACCCUCCACAUCCCGACUACAGCUGGGCCUUCGACGAUAUCAUGGUGUUUGCUUUUUCUGCUCGCCAAGCAGGUGUACAGAUGUUUGUGUGUAAUAAGGAGCACUAUGGUUUCCUACCCAUUCCUCUGAAGGCCAAUCAAAGCUUAGAGGACGAAGAGGAAAGUUUCACACACACCAUUACUGAGGCCCUCAUUGAUCAUCAGAUUAAACCUUCAGAGUUUGUGUUCGUUUCUCCAAAACUACAGGAUAAGAUGGAAUUUGAUGAGAUCUUCCUGAUUAAUCUGAAGCGGCGGAUGGAUCGGAGGGAACGCAUGUUAAAUUCUCUGGCUGCUUUGGGUGUGGAGGCCACAAUCACCAACGCUGUGGAUGGCAAGGCUUUGAACUCGUCGCAGCUGCAGGCUCUGGGGAUUGAGAUGAUGCCGAAUUAUAAAGACCCAUAUUCAGGCAGGGUGCUGACCAGAGGAGAGAUCGGUUGCUUCCUCAGCCACCAUUCUAUAUGGACACAGAUGGUGGAGAAAGGUUUGCAACGUGUUCUAGUUCUGGAGGAUGAUGUGAGAUUUGAGCCCAGGUUUAAAAGGAGGCUGCAAACUAUUAUGCAGGAUGUGGAGAAAGUUCAGCUAGACUGGGACCUCAUAUAUGUGGGCCGGAAGCGGAUGCAGGUGGCACAGCCUGAGCUCUCUGUGGAUGGAGUGAAUAACCUGGUGGAGGCUGAUUACUCGUACUGGACGCUGGCGUAUGCUCUCUCUCUAAACGGAGCCAACAAACUGCUCUCAGCUCAGCCCUUCACCUGCAUGCUGCCUGUGGAUGAGUUCCUGCCCAUCAUGUUCAACAAACACCCCAACAUGGCCUACAUGUCCCAUUUUGAGCGGAGAGAUUUGCGAGCGUUCUCAGUUGAACCGUUGCUGGUUUACCCGACACACUACACGGGCGAGCCGGGUUACUUCAGCGACACUGAGACAUCCACAAUCUGGGACGAUGAGGCCAUAGAUACGGACUGGGACCGAUCUCACGCUCAGAAAACUGCUCAACAAGGCCGAAUCCGGCCCAUCGCCCAGAACAGCGUGACUGGAGAAAUGCCGCCCCCUGCUGCUCGUGCAUCACGAGACGAACUCUGAAAAGUCUGGCAAUGAAGACAACAUGGAAUAUUUUUAGGUCACUGUAUUGUGUACAAGAGUAAGUCAAGUGUUGUACAGAUGUUUUAGCACUCAUUUGAGGUUCUUCAUAAGCUCAAUAGAUUUGCCUGAUAGCAGCUUUAAUAAUAUUAGAUUUCAUGACAAGGGUUGGGAGGAAGAGAAGGGACGAAGCUUGUGAGGAACCAUUCUGAAAGGCCACACUGGCCUUCAUUGGGCAUAACGACCUGUUUUGAAUUGGAUUUAUAGAUGUAUAGUUUUAUAUUCGGAUUUUUAACAGUGAAAACAGCAGUUUGCUAAUUAAUUAGGGAAUUGUGCUCUGGUUUAGGACAUGAUGCUUUCUUCUCAACAGUUAGUGGUUGCUUUAGAAGCAGAAGCAGAGCAUUUUAUGAAUGGCAGAGGUUGAACAAGGAGCAAGAGUUUGUAGAUGUCAGGACUGUGGUAGGUAUCUUUACUGGUGAAGCUUAAAGAUCUCAGAGCUCUUAAACAUCAGGAAUGGAGCAGGAGUGGCGAUGGCCUUAAAAUGGAGAAGAAACUGGUCAGCAUCAUGGCUACUGCAGAAAUGAUUGCUUUCCUGUAUGGAGCAAAAGCAGGUAGAUUUCAGGUUUUAUGCGGUAACUUGUGCCUUAAGUCUGAAGUAGAUGCUUGUAGGAUUCAAAAGCAGAAGCUGGUUGACCUUGGUUUAAUUAACUAAAACUUGAAGGCAUCAAGAAUGAAACAGGAGAUAGUAGACUCUAAGGGUUGGUGCAGAGGCCUGGACUAUCAGAAUGCUUUGCAUAUCUUAUGACUAGAGCAGGAACCUAAAAUAAUCUCAAUAGAAAAAUGUGCUUAUAGACCUCAGGAAUGGAGCAUAAUCUGGCGGAUAUCAAGGUUGGAUGAAGAUCUGGUAGAUCCUAAGUGUUGGUCCAGAAGCAUGUAGACCACAAGAAUAGAGCAGAAGUCUGAUGUUCUCAUGAUGGGUCCAGGAGGUGUUAUAGACCCUGGCUGUUGGUGUAGAAUCAGCAGCUAAUAUAAUCUUAUUAGUACAUUAAAAAUGAUCCUAAAACAUUUCAGACCAGAUCAAACUUGACUGUCAUUUCAAGCAGCACUAAAACAAACUGAAUUCUUUGAUCACCAGAGGAUCUUCUGAUCAUGUGCUCAUUAGUUUUAUACUAUCAACUUUUUCUUUGAUUAAGAAUAAUACUUUCUAGUAAACAUUAUCUUGAACAUCUUGAACAUUAGCUUUUGGGAAAUUUCCCACUGCUCUUUAUAAGAAAUGGAGAACCACAAAUAAGUGUUAAAACAUCUGUGAGACCGGAUGGAGAGAUGUGCACACAUAACAUACCCUCAAUCUCAUGCUACCACCAGGUUAUCGGAUCACAAUCAUUUCCCAUCAGCGACCUCCUUUAUUCGCUGGUUGUUCAGCCAAUAGCAUUGCAGCAGGCUGACAUGCUCAGAUAUGAUUGGCUAACACCAGUGUUAGGAGAAGAAAAAGAGGAAGAGGGGGAUCAAGGGCUCCUGUUUUAAACCCACUUUAUUUAUUUUCACAGACGGUGUUUGUCACCGGAUUUGUCUGUCUGUCUGUCUGUCUGUCUGUCUGUCUGUCUGUCUGUCUGUUUGUUUGUUUGUUUUUCUAUCCACAGUUUUGUCCCUGGAGGAUUUUUGUGUGAUUCUUAUAAAGACAGACAGACAAGCAGUUACACAUGUAAGGGACACACAUACAUUUUGGCAGUUUGAACAAAAAAAUCACAAAACAUUUUGGUUCUUUUGUUUAAUUUAAAUGUAAAUAAAGCCGGAUGAUGAACCGAACAAGUUGCGGGUGAAUAAAAAAAGAGAGAAUA